UGUGAAAUGUCACACAUGAUUGGUCGGAUCGAAAGCAAGGCCUCCUGUGAUUGGUUGAUCGUGUCCUGUUGACCGAAGGUGGACUCCCAGGGAGUUGUGAACGCUCGAAGCAACCGGGGGAAAAAAUCCAACCACAGAAACUACACCAUGCGCCUCCCCCGUGAGGAACUCCGUUUUUACUGAAAAUAAUCGUCAUUAUGUCAACGUCUACCAACACCGUAGCCCGUUUGUUAUGGUUGUGUUGGGCUUCCUCGCCUCUAACGACUAUCACCGACGUCUGGAUCGACGCCCUGUAACAACUCAGAUGGAUUAGUUAAUCCAGCAAGGACAAAAGCAUACAUUGGAAGGCGUGGAACACAGAUUCUCGCUUUCCACCUGAAGGUACCUUUGUCAAUGUGGAUAUUCACUGGCUUGGAUGAUUUAAAGUCAAAGUGAAUGAUGGCGUCGCGUUGGGCUCAUUCUUGCGAAGAUAAUUUUGAGCGACAACAAGCAAGAUCAUCAUUCUGUGAGAAUGACUCUGCCGAGUGGAGAGGCGUGGACCCGAGAGAAGAGGAGUCGUUCUCAUGGCCGAGACCCAAAACGGUGCUUUUGCGUCGCACUUCUCACGGAUUUGGCUUUACCCUGCGGCAUUUCAUCGUGUACCCGCCGGAGUCGUCCAGGCACUACUUCCUGGGGGAAGAUGUCGGGCGCAGAGGGAGACAGCGGAACAGGCUUGAGCCGAUGGACACUAUUUUCGUGAAGCAAGUCAAGGAGGGCGGUCCUGCACAUGGAGCUGGUCUCUGUACAGGUGAUCGCAUUGUGAAGGUGAAUGGAGCAAGCAUCAUUGGGAAAGCAUACUGUGAGGUCAUAUCUUUGAUACAACACAGCGGCGACUUUCUGGAACUUUGCGUGAUGCCAAAAGAUGAGGACAUACUCCAGCUGCCUUUUUCUCUGGAGACAACUAAUCUGGCCUACUCCCAGGAUGCCUACCUACGGGGUGGCCACAACAGCUACAGUGGAAAUGCAUGUCACAUUCCUGAGCCGCCCCCUGUAUGCUACCCCAGAGUAGACUGUAAGCCUGCAGGCAUGUCCCAGGCGACAGACUUGCUGGGUCCGGGCAUCAGGGGUUCAGUAGCAGGACCUUCUGACCAUGGGUACCGCAAGGAGAUCACCGUGCCCCCAUCCCUUCCUACAAAAUCGUAUCCAAAAAGUCAGAUGGCCGUGUGCAUGCGCAACGAAAGCGUGCGGACAGUGGUGGUUCCACCCGACCAUAUGGGGCGAAUGGGUUCAGCACAUAGAAUCGAUUAUAUGGACCCCGCCUUUGUCAGGGCGAGGCCUGCCUCAUUAGCCCAGUAUCCUCACCCUCGAAAGGCAGACGUCUAUCCUGGCGGGCCAGGACUAGCUCCCUAUAGAGGCCCCACCCAUCACUACCCGGCCUCGCAACCAAAUAUUGAUUGGCGAACUUACCAAACGUACAGGGAAUACAUUGACAACAAAGGAAUCCAUUCUCACACUAGUCGAACUAUCCAGGAAAGGCUUGAUUGCUUGCGAUCUUCCAAUCAAAACGCUUUUGAAACGUCGCAUCACAUUCCCCAGAUGGGUUGGGACCCGAAGGGGAUACGAAGGAGGAGCACUUCCCAUGAACGCUCUUACCGCAGACCUGCCCCCCACUUCCAAGUUGCGCCGCGCAGUGUCUCUCAGGACCGCAUGAUCAGUUCCGAGAGGAUAAGCCACCCGAGGAACUGGCCACCGAGGAGCAUGUCUCAAGAUGGACCGAUGCAUAAAGGGCGGUCACACUCCAUGAACUAUGUUGACCCAACCGAGGUCACUCAGCCCAAUGAAAGGACGGGAUAUCGAAGGGCAGACCCCGGUACGAGGCCCACGAGACAGUCUAUGCCGAGACAGGCCAUGCUGUCCAGGCCUUCUGUUGGAUACAACAACGGCCAGAGGGGGCCGCACAAUCCUUCAAUGUACACUAAAGGACAGGAUUCUCUGCAGAACCACCCCCCACCCAACCUUUCGGACAGACAGAUACAUUUUGGAAAGAGACCAAGUGGUGACGAAAAAGCUUUUGUCAAAGCCAACCACGCUGGCCACGCUAACCAUCAAAGCCGCAACAGGGUGCGAGCUGAAAGCGUGCAACCUGUUGUAACCGAGAAGGACGUGGCCUCGGUCGGGAAAAGGUCCUCUUCAUGCUCUACUCAAAAACCAAUGCCUGAGCGGUCUGGCAUCCUCAAACCGAGCCACGAAGAGUCUCGAAGCCAGGUGGCCGGACGUAGCCUCUCGGAGUCCGAGGUCGUCUUGAGGCCCAAGCCGCCCGGUGGAAAGCACCCCAGCCCCUUGCGUCACCCCUCCUACAUUUUAGCUGUCAAUGAUGAUGAUGAUGAUGGCGCAGACUCCACAGCAGACGUAGCGGCGUGCUGGCUUCCUAACGACGCGCGGCGAGAGAUGCAUAUACGACGCCUCGAGGAGCGUCACACCUCCUGCUCCAGCAACGCGGAUGAAUCGUUGGAUUCUAUUCCAUUCAUUGAUGAACCCGUCAGCCCCAGCGUUGACAGGAAUGCUGCACCUAUUCCACCCUCCGCUGUCAUAUCUGUCCCACCAUCAGUUGCUACAGGUCCUCCUAGUCCCGACUCACCCUGCCCUCCCAUUCGCCGACAGCUGUCACAUGACCAAGAGUCCCUGAGAAGCGCUUUGCUGGAUUCGGAAUCUGCCAGCCAAACCGAGCGGUCUAAAUCCUACGAUGAAGGUCUGGACAAUUACCAAGAAGAGGGGAGAGGACGAUCUUCUAGUAGGCAUAUGUCAGGUUUCAGAGGCCUGAAAAAGACAUUGGAUGGCCAUAAAUCUUCCGGGGACUCUGGAUCUCGAAGGGACUCUUCCGCAGAUGUCUUUUCUGAUUCUUCUAAGGAAGGCUUGCUCACCUUUAGACAACUUUGUACAGAUAAGAAUAAGCGUGUUAGCGGCGGCAUGAAGUCCUGGAAGCAGGUGUAUGCGGUUCUGCAAGGUCACACGCUGACCCUCUUCAGGGAUAGGAAAGACGCAGUGUUGCACCUUACUGCGCUGCCCGACGAGGAGCCACUGCGAAUCAGCGUAAAGGCCUGCCUGAUUGACAUCUCCUAUAGCGACACGCGGCGCAAGAAUGUGCUGCGUCUGACCACCUCCGAUAGCGAGUACUUGUUCCAGGCUGAAGGGAGGCAAGAGAUGUUGACUUGGAUUAAAGUCAUUCAGGAAAACAGUAAUCCAGAUGAAGAGAAUGCUGCAGUAACAAGUCAGGAUCUGAUCAGUCGAAAGAUCAAAGAAUACAACAUGAUGAGCGCCCCCAGCAGUAAAUCGGAACCCUCGCCCAAGACCCCCCGUCAGUCGUUGAGCAUCAAGCAAGCCUUUUUGGGAGGGAAGACGGAGAGCAAGAGCGCCCAUUCGCCUAAAUCGGAAGAGCGAAGGGCACUGAAAGACGAGGCCAGUCCACCGAGGGACAGAGGUGCGUGGAAAAUAGGCAUCCCGGGGAUCAUGAGAAAGCCGUUCGAAAAGAAAACACCAGCUGGCGUCACGUUCGGUGUGCGGUUGGAUGACUGUCCACCCGCACAAAACAAUCGGUUUGUUCCCCUGAUCGUGGAGGUGUGUUGUCACGUGGUGGAGGACAGAGGCUUGGAGUACACGGGGAUCUACAGAGUUCCCGGAAACAACGCCGCCAUCUCCAACAUGCAGGAGGAGCUCAACACCAAAGGCAUUGCUGACAUCGACGUCCAAGAGGAUAAAUGGCGGGACCUCAACGUCAUCAGCAGCCUACUCAAGUCUUUUUUCCGAAAACUACCCGAACCCCUGUUUACAAACGAAAGGUACGCUGACUUUAUUGAAGCCAACAGAACAGAAGACUCGGUCGAAAGACUUAAGCAGCUAAAGAGGCUGGUCCACAAACUGCCUGAUCACCACUACGAGACGCUCAAAUUUCUUUGCGCGCACCUUAAGAGGGUUUCUGACAACUGUGAGAAAAACAAGAUGGAACCUCGAAACCUGGCAAUUGUGUUUGGCCCAACCCUGGUCCGAACCUCCGAGGACAACAUGACAAACAUGGUCAAUCACAUGCCCGACCAGUGCAAGAUAGUCGAGAACCUCAUCCAACAAUACGAUUGGUUCUUCACCGAAGACUGCGAUGAAGAUCCUGUUACCACGGCCGAACAGGAGAGCACGGUGCAGUCGCAGCCCGUGCCCAACAUCGACCACCUGCUCUCCAACAUUGGCCGGACGGCGGCGGCGUCGCCGGGUGAAGUCUCGGAUUCAGCAUGUACUGACUCCUCCAAAUCAAAGAGCCUCUGGGCAUCCGGGAAGGAUCAGUGUAGCAAAGAGAUGCUGCGCUCCUCCUUCUUCGUCAGCCGCAAGCGCAAGAAGCCCAAAGACAAAACGCAGCCCAGCAGCUCGGAUGACGACCUGGACGCUUUCCCCAGGAAGGAGAUCCUGGGGGAGGGCCAGCAGCAGCCUCCCUGGUCUCCAGAGAGUCGCACUGAGGAGGAGGACGGCGCCAGCGAGAAGCAGCAGCUGAGGAACGGCUCUGAGCAACGGCUGGACAAAAUCGUCGGCACCGAAGCGCCGACCGAACUCGAACCCGCCUCACGCGGCGCCGGCUCCCCGUACACGUCGCCCUCUCAUUCUCCGAGCCUGAACUGCCACGCGGCGGCAUCGGACCCGCCCUCCAACUACGAGGACACGGUCUCCGACCUCGGUACGAUGAACAGCACCAGCUCCCGGGCCUCUGUACCAAGACCGAGACGCUGCAGGACGGUGGCGCCGGGACACGACGCCGGCGCCAGCGGGCCCGGAGCGGAAGUGUGCUCCAUCACCUCCGACUACUCCACCACGUCAUCCAUGACCUUCAUGACCGGCGGCGAGCUCAACACGCUGAGUCCGGAAGUGCGCUCGGUGGCGGAGAGCCGGGGAGGGGACGACGAUGCCGACGACGAGCGCAGCGAGCUCUUCAGCGAGGGCAGGCCCGCAGAGACGGACAGCGAGAGCGACGUUUCCGUCUUCGCCGUGGCCAGAGACGCGGCAGUCGCGCAGCGUGAGCCGUGCGAUGCCCCGCGACCGCUGGCCUCCCACAGGCUCAUCGACUGCGACACGCUGUCCCGAAAGAAAGCCGCCCGGCAGAAGACUGACAGCGAGUCGUCGCUGGACGGCUCCCGCAGCGACAAGGAUUCAAACAGGCAGCUUUCCGGCAAAGGUCGCUCCACCGGCAGUGUCGGCUCGUCGUCCCGCGGCGAGCUGGACAAGGCGGAGCCGGCGUGGAAGCUGAAGAUCACGGACCGGCUGAAAGUGCGUCUGCGCGUGUCGGUGGACGACAUGUUCGGCGUGGGCAGCCAGCGGAACGCCGAGGGCCGCAGUAAGAAGAAGAACAUCCGGCGCAGACACACCAUGGGCGGCCAGCGGGACUUUGCUGAGCUGUCGGUUCUGGGAGACUGGCCGCAGGAGGCCCUCUGCUCGGGCUCGCCCUCCGAACUGUCGGCUGUGGACCGCCUGAGACCCAAAUGCAGCUCCCAGGACUUCUCCAUCGGCGACUGGAUUGCGCGCGAACGCCACCGCACCAGCAAUCCCGAGGUGAGCCUGGACCCGGCCGAGCAGCAGGGCGCGCCGUGCGGCGGCGGCAAUCCUCUCGGCCUCGAAGCGCCGCCGUCCUCGGACCUCUCGCGCCGCACGGCCGAGGCUUUGAACGGCGACACGCCGCAUCCAAAAAGUCUGAGUUUGUCGGCUACGGCGCAUCCGCACAAACUGGCGAGUUCCCAGGUGGUGCACUCGCGCUUUUAUCAGUACCUGUGAGUCUGCGUGUGCCUGGAGGAGUUCUUUUUUUUGUUCAAGUCUGUGUGAUGUUGGUAUGUGAGCAUGUCGUACACAUUUUGUCAUGUGAAGUAUGCGUGAGCGGUCGCCUCUGGACCUUACUUGUUGUUAAGGCAUGGAACAAAUACGGUUCAUAAAUCUAUUUUUUUAAAGAGAACUGAUGUGGGGACGAAGUGAGAUUUGUUCUGCUAAAGACUGACGAGGCCCUUCCGGGCUGUGAAGCACAGUGACACACGAAUGAACGCUUAGUUGGGUGGAUUUGAGCAACGGUCUCGAGUUCUAGUUUUUGCAGAUGACCUAUUUUUGUGCAAAGAAAAGUUCCAAGAAUAUGUGAACCAGUUACCAAUGAAGAAUGUACAGACGUGCUCGCCGUCGACGCCGACGAAAAGCUUUAGCCUCUUGUGUUGAUGCUAAAAUGAUGUACAAAUCUGCUCCGUGUGUACUUGAAUCGCAUUUUUUGGGGUACGACCUGCGCAAGGACUGCCGACGAGGCUUUUCCAAAGGUACAACGCUGACCACAAGAGUGUGGGCUUACUAAAUGCACAUGGAAAAUAAUACCCUUCAUCAUGGUUCUGGAGAGCAGUGAACAAAAUGGAUUGAAACAAAAAAAAAAAACAAGUUGGGAGCAGAAAAAUGGGUCAUGAAAUUGUGCAAAAAAAAUCUUCACAAUAGGAAGUGCCUGAUAAUGAAAUGUUUCGGGUGCCAUAUUGUCUUGUUCAACAGUACAGUACUGUGAAUGACAUUUUGUUUUUAUUGUUGACUGUCGUUCUACAGGUUCUCUCUUAAGAAUAAUGCUGAGCUUCCAUUCCUGUGGCAUUCCACUCUGGUCUUAACACAUUUUCUACUUGGUUUUCACAGUUAUUUUUUUCUCUCCGUUUUAUUUUUAACAACUUGAAUGUUGAAUAUUCACUGUAAAAUAAUUAACUUAAAUGUCCAUGCAGACGCCAAGUUUGAUCUGCUUUACUUGACCUCUCCAUCGCAGGCAUUGCAGAAUGAUGAUGAUGAUGUGGAUCAGUGACGUGCGGUGAGGUUCAUGGCUACUGAAUUUUGACAACUUGAUGAGCCAAACAGAGUGGUGUAAUUAAAAUGUUAAAAAAAGAUUAACCAAAACAAUCAUUAAAUCAGCAUUCUCUUCUUUCCACGUGUGUUUGGCCAAAAAGAAGCUUGGUUCGAGUAGUUUCACGUGGUGCCCCAAUCUGGUGCCUUUGCGGCGCCUUAUCCAGCCUGUUUGAGGCGUAUGUCUCCCUCCUCCAACACAUCUGAGUGAUCAGCUCAUCAGCAUGGAACUUCAGAAGCCUGAUGAUGAUACGGAUCAUCUGAAUGAGUUGUCUUGGAGGAGGAAGACAUUGAAACAUUCUGGGUAGGAGUCCUCGUGGAUUGGAUUUGGACACCCUUGCUUUUUAGAGAGAUGAUUGACUAGUAUAGUAUAUUUUAAAUAUUUUUAACACACGGUUGAACAAAAGAAAAGCAAAAAUAUUAAUUCAGUUCUAUUAGCCUGAUCUUAUUUUCGGCCAAAUUCAAUUUAAAAAUCUCUCCUCUAUUUUUGUUGCUUCCCUGUCAAAGUCCUCAUUUUCCUCUUUGAGCUUUAAAAGUCUAUGUUGAAUUUUUUUCCAGUAGAGAAGCUUUCUUGAUCAGUAUCAAGUCUGAAUGUAAAGCAAAACUAUUGAGCUUUUUUAAAGGGCGGGCAAAAUAAAAAAUUGCGAGCGCAAGGUGGAGUAAAUCGGCACCAUCUCGAUCAAAUGCUAUUCGGACAAAAAAUGAGAAGCGUCACUCCACGCCGUUUGUGAGCUGUACAGUUGUGGCUUUAAUCUGCACUUUUAUGCCAUGACUAUCACCAUGACUAAUUCGGCAUCCAGCCCUUCCCAUCUGAUUAGCCUGACUGGAAAAUCAGAGCGCAGUCAUUUGGUAAUUUUACCAGGAGAGGGUGCUGCUGAACUAUUUCUGCUCUUUUGGGCGGAUUGCGAAAUCUGAUGUGAAGCUUGGCUGCUUUGUGCCGCACUUCAUCUUUCUCGUGUUUGAACAGGAAAUGUUUUAAUGAUGAAUUCAUGGACGUCAAUCCAUUGAAAAAGCAAAGGAAUGUAAAGCACAGAACACAGAGGUAAAAUCGAGAAGAAAUGUAGCCUCCUGACCGCACGUCCCUGAUUGAUGGCGCCUUGCAAGAAUGUGUGUGUGGACAGUUUUGGUACAGCCAGCGAGGGAGCGCAAAAAUCGAUGUGGACCGUACAAAUGUUGCCUUCCUCCUGAUUGGGAGACGAGUGCACAGACUCCGGAAACACUGGAAAUAAAUUAUGUCAAUGACAA